AUGUCUGAUCCCAAGCUUCUAGACAUCCCAGCUGUGAUCUUUGACAAUGGGUCUGGAUUAUGCAAGGCUGGCAUUGCUGGGGACAGUGCCCCAAGGGCGGUCAUCACAGCAAUUGUUGGCCGCUCCAAAGCCAAAGCCACCAUGCUUGGCGCUGGCCAGAAGGAAUUUUACAUUGGCGAAGAAGCUCAGUGCAAAAGGGGCGUCUUGUCACUGAAUUACCCCAUUGACCACGGCAUCGUGACAUCUUGGGACGACAUGGAGAGGAUAUGGAAGCAUGUCUACGAGUGUGAGCUGAGGAUCAAAUCCAGUGACAGACCAGUGCUCUUGACCGAAGCCCCACUGAAUCCUCUCCAGAAUCGGGAGAGAAUGACGGAGAUCAUGUUUGAAAAUUUCAAUGUGCCUGCUAUGUACGUUGCUGUCCAGGCUACUUUGGCACUCUAUGCCUCCGCACGGACCACGGGGAUAGUCCUAGACAGUGGGGAUGGUGUCACUCACACAGUCCCUAUCUACGAAGGCUACUGCUUGCCACAUGCUGUCUCCAGGUUGGACGUCGCUGGGCGGGACAUCACUGAGUACUUCAUGAGGCUCCUUCUGGAGAGUGGGCUUUCCUUCGUCAGCACAGCAGAAAGGGAAAUCGUGAAAGACAUCAAGGAGAAGCUCUGCUACGUGGCUUUAGAUCCCAUCCAAGAAAUGAAAGCUAAGCCAGAAUACCUUCUCAGAGAGUAUAAACUUCCAGAUGGCAAUAUCAUCAGGAUCGGAAGCCAACUCUUCCGAGCCCCUGAAGCCCUUUUCGCACCAGCUAACAUUGGUGUCGAUGCUCCUGGAGUCCACAAAAUGGCUUUCAACAGCAUUAUGAAAUGUGACAUUGAUGUGCGCAGAGAUCUAUAUGGGAACAUUCUCCUCUCGGGUGGAUCCACCUUGUUUUAUGGCUUGGAUGAGCGCAUCUUAAAGGAAAUGCAGCUUCAAGUGCCGAUCGGGAUAUCGGUACGGAUCAUUGCCCCACCAGAGAGGAAGUACUGCGUGUGGAUCGGGGCCUCCAUCCUGACUUGCUUGACAUCUUUCAGACAAAUGUGGGUCACCCUCAACGAUUACAAAGACUUUGGCCCAGGUGUCGUUCACCGGAAAUGCACCUCUUAUGGCUCCAAUUUGACAGCCUUCAACUCACUGGGACCUUCCCAUGGAUCUUCCAGCACUAACUCCCUGCUGGAUUUCUGGCUGCUGAAUUUGUGCUUCAUCAGCCAUGACAGUAUGGUGUGGAUGUAUCUUAAUUACGAUAUACACAACUGGUUUGAAAUGGUCCAUGAGAAUGAGAAAAGUACGUCCAGAGUCUUCAACAGCCAAGCUGUGAUUAUUGACAAUGGAUCUGGGCUGUGCAAGGCUGGGGUCUCGGGAGAAGUUGGCCCUCGGCAUGUCAUCGCUUCCGUCCUUGGGUGCCCCAAAAGCAAAUUAUCACUCUCCAAAACCAGGCAAAAGGAAUGCUAUGUAGGAGAUGAGGCCCAAGACAGGCGAGAAGUGUUGUCGUUGAGAUAUCCUAUCGAGAGCGGGAUCAUAACUUCAUGGGAUGACAUGGAGAAGAUCUGGAAGCACAUCUAUGACAAAGGGUUGGGAAUCAAAGCAUUUGAGAGGCCUUUGCUAAUGACGGAAUCACCUCUAAAUCCCAAGGAAGAUCGAGCCAAACUCACUCAGCUGAUGUUUGAACACUUCAAGGUGCCUGCCUUUUACCUCUCUGUCCAGGCCAUAUUAUCUCUCUAUGCUUCAGCCCGCUAUACUGGUAUAGUGAUGGACAGCGGUUUUGGGGUCACCCACGCAGUGCCAGUUUAUGAGGGCUAUUGUUUGCCUCACGCUGUCACCAGGUUGGAUAUUGGCGGCAGAGACAUCACUGAGUUCUUGAGGGAAUUGCUUCUGGAAAACAGGCAAUACUUCAGAAAUUUCCCCGAAGGGAACAACAUUGUGGAAGACAUCAAAGUGAAGUUGUGCUUCGUAGCCCUGGAUGCCCACCAUGAGCAGAACAAGAGGUCUGAGGACUACCCAAAGGAGUAUGAACUUCCGGAUGGCAACAGGAUCAAAAUCGGUGAUGCUCUCUUCUUAGCUCCAGAGAUCCUUUUCACGCCCAGCAACAUUAAGAGAAGUGGGCAAGGCCUCCACAAAAUGAUAGCAAAGAGCAUCAAAAAAUGUGACCCCACCAUCCGCAGCAUGCUCUACAGCAACGUAUUGCUUUCAGGAGGUUCCUCUCUCUUUCCAGGAUUAGACGAGAGGGUCUUUAAAGGGCUCGAAGCUCAAGUCCCUCAAGGAGUUCCCAUAAAGGUCAUAGCACCCCCAGAUCGGUGGUUCUCAACGUGGAUCGGGGCCUCCAUCAUUACGUCCCUGAGCAGCUUCAAGCAAAUGUGGGUCACUGCUUCUGACUACAGAGAGUUUGGACCAAAUGUUGUCCAGAGAAGGUGCUAUUAA